AGUAGAGAGGGAGGUACUGGAGCCUGCUCCCCUGGCUUCCCCUAGCACUGCUCCUCCUGUGACCCAGAUAGUGUCUCCAAAGGGAGACCCUGGGGUGGCGGCUUCCCAAGCCUGAGCUGGAGGUCAAGCCGACUUAGAGGACCUGUCAGGAGAACAGAGAGAUUGGCAGAGUCCUUACAGUGAACAUCAGAGUUUGGGGGAGUCUUAGCGAGCUUUGAGAGAUACAGCCUCCUGGCGGGUCAGUGUGAGCCCCGCUCCUGGGCCAUGGCAGGGAAUGGCAGCAGAGGGAGAGGCAGGAAGGCAAAGCCAAGAAGGCUCUAUGGAGGGGUGGAGGUUACCCUGCAGUGGGAGUCCUGGCAGCGAGAAGCGCAUUUAGGAUGGAGAUAUGGGGUUGCUUUCUGGAGGAAGAUCAGCCCUGGGUUGCUGUGCUCUUUAACCUGAAGUCAGCUGCCCUGGGUGAGUGGGCAGGGGCCUAGCCACUCUUUAUUAGCCCAGGAGCCCUCAGUUACUCAUUAACCUUGCGUUAUGAGGUCUUUGCUAGCGCCUUUGGGGAGGAGGAGGAAGCAGCCACCAUUCCAGCUGGGUGGCUCUUCUCCAACGUGUACCCCAUUAAGCAUGAGCUCAAAUGGGAAAUUUCUUGAAAUUCCCAUUGGCCUGAUGGUGUCCUAAGUGUGGGAGAGAGUAAAUUUCCGAGGACUUCCUCAGCAAAGCCAUAGAUAGAAACCAAACACACAUCUAGGGGUUUUUUGGUUUUGUUUUUUGUUUCUUGCUUGUUUAUUUGUUUUGAGACAGGGUUUCUCUGUGUAGCCCUGACUUUCUUGGAACUCGCUCUCUGUAGACCAGGCUGGCCUUGAACUCAGAGAUCCACCUGCCUCUGCUUCCUAAAUGCUGGGAUUAAAAGCGUGCACUACCAUGCCUGACUUUAAAUGUUUUUCAGGGAUGUGGUCCCACUGGGUGUGGGAGUUUGGGAGGUCUCAGUACAGGGUAGUGGGGGAACCCUACUACGGGGUCAGUGAAAAGCAAGAGCAAGAGGAGCCUGCAGCUUAGGCUGGUUAGGCUGGAGGUAAUGUGCUAGAGAAACAAGGACACCUCUGAAGUGGCCUAGAAGGAACUCUUAAUUUCUGGAUAGACUGAAGAGAGAGGGAGGCGUGUCUCCUGCAAGGCCCAUGAGCCUCACCUCCACUGCCCCCCUUCCAGCCUCCCCGCCCUGAUCCACCAUUCACUAACUUCCGCCCAAGCCAGGAUCUGUCACAACUCGAGGUAGAAAUUCUGGUUUCCCUGGCCUGGAAACCACACUGGCUCUGGCAGGAUGGGUGCCUGGAGGGCUGUGCUCCCAUUCCAGCCGGGCUGAGCCUUCUUUCCUUGCCUGGACCCUCUUCUUUGCCUUGGAUGGCACCCUGUUUCAGGGUCUGAACACAGGACUUCUCAGUGUGGCUGGCUCAAGGAGCCAUCUGGUGACAGUCUCUGUCUGACCAUGGCCCUACCAUCCCUGGGCCAGGACCCCUGGAGUCUCCUGGGUGUUUUUUUCUUCCAACUGCUCCUGCUGCCGUCACUGCCACCGGCUACCGGGACUGGUGGGCAGGGGCCCGUGCCCAGAGUAAAAUACCAUGCAGGAGAUGGGCACAGGGCCCUCAGCUUCUUCCAACAGAAAGGCCUCCGAGACUUCGACACGCUGCUCCUGAGCGGCGAUGGCAACACUCUCUAUGUGGGGGCCAGAGAGGCCAUCCUGGCUUUGAAUAUCCAGAAUCCAGGAAUCCCAGGGCUGAGGAACAUGAUACCCUGGCCAGCUAGUGAGAGAAAAAAGAGUGAAUGUGCCUUUAAGAAGAAGAGCAGUGAGACGCAGUGCUUCAACUUCAUCCGUGUCCUGGUCUCGUUUAACGCCUCUCACCUCUAUAGCUGUGGGACCUUUGCCUUCAGCCCUGCUUGCACCUUUAUUGAACUCCAAGAUUCCUACCUGCUGCCCAUCUUGAAGGACAAGGUCAAGGAUGGGAAGGGCCAAAGUCCAUUUGACCCUGUUCACAAGCACACAGCUGUCUUGGUCGACGGGAUGCUCUAUUCUGGCACCAUGAACAACUUCCUGGGCAGCGAGCCCAUCCUGAUGCGGACGCUGGGACCCCAGCCUGUCCUCAAGACGGACAUCUUCCUGCGCUGGCUGCACCCGGAUGCCUCCUUCGUGGCAGCCAUUCCGUCUACCCAGGUCGUCUAUUUCUUCUUCGAGGAGACAGCCAGCGAGUUUGACUUCUUUGAGGAGCUGCACACAUCCAGGGUGGCUAGAGUCUGCAAGAACGACGUAGGUGGUGAAAAGCUGCUGCAGAAGAAGUGGACCACCUUCCUGAAGGCCCAGCUGCUCUGUGCUCAGCCCGGUCAGCUGCCUUUCAACAUCAUCCGCCACGCGGUCCUGCUGCCCGCCGAGUCUCCCUCUGCCUCCCGCGUCUACGCAGUCUUUACCUCCCAGUGGCAGGUUGGUGGGACCAGGAGCUCAGCAGUCUGUGCCUUCUCUCUCACGGACAUUGAGCGCGUCUUUAAAGGAAAGUACAAGGAGCUGAACAAGGAAACUUCCCGCUGGACCACUUACAGGGGCCCAGAGGCCAACCCAAGGCCUGGCAGCUGCUCCGCAGGCCCCUCCUCUGACAAAGCCUUGACCUUCAUGAAGGACCAUUUCCUGAUGGAUGAGCACGUGGCAGGCACACCGCUGCUGGUGAAGUCUGGGGUCGAGUACACACAGCUUGCCGUGGAGCCAGCUCGUGGCCUUGAUGGGAGCAGCCACGUGGUCAUGUACCUGGGCACAUCCACGGGGUCCCUGCACAAGGCUGUGGUGCCUGAGAACGGCAGUGCUUAUCUCGUGGAGGAGAUCCAGCUGAGCCCUGCCCCUGAGCCUGUUCGGAACCUGCAGCUGGCCCCCACCCAGGGCGCAGUGUUUGCAGGCUUCUCGGGAGGCGUCUGGAGAGUUCCCCGGGCCAGUUGCGGUGUUUAUGAGAGCUGCGUGGACUGUGUCCUUGCCAGGGAUCCCCACUGCGCCUGGGACCCCGAGUCAAGCGUCUGCAGCCUUCUGCCUGGCUCCCCCCUGACCUCCUGGAAGCAGGACAUGGAACGCGGCAACCCGGAGUGGGCAUGUGCCCGAGGCCCCAAGGCCAGGAGCCCCCGGCGUCAGAGUCCACCUCAACUUAUUAAAGAAGUCCUGGCAGUCCCCAACUCCAUCCUGGAGUUGCCCUGCCCGCACCUGUCCGCACUGGCCUCUUACCACUGGAGUCACGGCGGAGCCACGAUCCCAGAAGCCGCUUCCACUGUCUACAACGGCUCCCUCUUGCUGCUGCCUCAGGAUGGCGUUGGGGGCCUCUACCAGUGUGUGGCCACUGAGAACGGCUACUCGUACCCUGUGGUCUCCUACUGGGUAGACAGCCAGGACCAGCCCCUGGCCCUGGAUCCUGAGCUGGCCGGCAUUCCCAGGGAGCGCGUGCAGGUCCCACUGACCAGGGUCAGCGGUGGCGCUUCUGCGGCUGCCCAGCGCUCUUACUGGCCCCACUUUCUCAUCGUCACUGUCCUCCUGGCCAUAGUGCUCUUAGGAGUGCUCACUCUCCUCCUGGCUUCCCCCCUGGGAGCGCUUCGGGCUCGGGGCAAGGUUCAGGGCUGUGGGAUGCUGCCCACCUUGGAGAAGGCCCCGCUGAGUAGGGAGAAGAACCUCCAGACCUCCAAGGACCGCAGCACCUCUGCCAGUGACGUAGAUGCUGACAACAACCAUGUAGGCACUGAAGUGGCUUAAAGUGAGAGCGCAGAUGGGGAGCUGAGCGGAGCGGUCACCCGGCAAUGUUGGCUGGGGCAGGCACAGUGCCGCUCUGACCAGGGUAGGAGGCUCUCCUGCUGCCUGUGGCACCUACAGCACCCCGGAGGGCCUCCCCUGAGGGGCUCUCUUCUGCAGGCACGUGGGCUGUCUCCUCACCUGCACCCAGGCCAUGACAGGAAGAGCCAGACAGGAUUCUUCAGGUUUGAUCAACCCCAAGAGCCCUCUGGCAACCUACCCACUCCAGAAGACCCUGAAAGGUGUGGCUGCCCAGGAUUCUGCGACGACAGACCCAAGCAUCAGACCAAGCCGGGGCUGUUCCUGCAGACUCCAUCCUCACAGCUGCUGCUCUGGAAGCAGCUGUUGCUUCGAACACCAGCCCUUCCUUCUCCCGGGGUCUCCAGGACUCCUUAGGGAGUUGGCCCCUUGUGCUUCCCUUACCAAUCAUGCCCUACUGUUUGGGAAGUCUUUUCUGAAGUCUGAUCACCUUCCUUCUUGCUUCAGUUUGGACAGAUUGUUGUCGUGUCUGCCCUGGCUGGAAUGGGGGGCAUAAUCUGAGCCUUGUUCACUUGUCUAGUGUGGCUGACCCCUUCUUGAACUCUUCCUUCCUCUUCCCUUUGUUUUGGGAGUCAGAAAACUGCUUGUCACAGACAAUUUAUUUUUUAUUAAAAAAGACAUAAGCUUUAAGCAAA